CUUCUGAGGAGGAACAUCAGCACCACACGAGAGGUGGCAGCAGGAUGGGGGCAGGUCAUGACAUGGAUGAAACCAUGGACGAAAUCUCUGUGAGUGUGAUUCUUGGAGAUUCCAUCGUCCGGCAUGUCCGCGCUACCGGAGCUAAAGGUAAGGUGCACACUCGCUUUUUUUUCCUGGUGCUCGUGUUCUCGAUGUCGCUGCGCAGGUACCCGCGAUCCUGAACGAGAACUUCGGAGCGGUUGUUCUUCAUGUCAGAAUGAACGACACCCGGCUGAGGCAAACGGAGAUCUUAAAGAGAGAUUUCAGGAUCCUGGUGGAGACGAUCAAAAUGAAUUCGAGUAUUUCAGCACUGUAUGUUGGUGAUCUGCACCAUGAAGUGACAGAAAACAUGCUGAUGGAGAAAUUCAGCUCUGUGGGCCACGUUCACUCCAUCCGGAUCUGCAGGAACUGGAACACCGGCGUUUCACUCAGUUACGCCUACGUCAACUUUUACCAGCGAGCCGAUGCUGAGCGAGCGUUGGCAACACUUAAUUGUGAGCUCCUUAUGGGGAACCCUAUGAGAGUCAUGUGGUCUCAGAGGGAUUCCACCAUGAGGAAAAGUGGCAUCGGGAACUUGUUCAUCAAGAACUUGGACCUGGAGAAGAUUGACAGCAUGGCCCUUUUUGACCUGUUUUCAGUCUUUGGGAAGAUCCUGUCAUGCAGGGUUGUCCGUUACAAGACGGGGACAAAAGGAUAUGGAUACGUCAAUUUGAGUCUCCAAGGCGCGAAUUUGGCAAAAGAGAAACUCAAUGGCAAACUUCUUAACGGCCAUAAAGUCUCCAUCCAACACUUUAAGUCUCGUAAGGAGCACGAGACUGAGAGGAACCACCACACCCAGGUCUUCAUUAACAAGCAGAAGACCUUACUGAGACCAGAACACCAGGAUAACCCUGUCCAUCAUAACGUGCAGAGGAUAAAGAAUGUGCAGACUCAGAAUAUGACUCCCUUCACACCAAGCCAGAAGGUAGAGCGAAAUAAAGAAAAUGCACCAGCAGUAAACACAGUUCCUGCUGUAGAAGAGCGCACAACUGUGGAUGAGAAACCAGCUCUACCUCAAGUUCCAGCUGUAGAACAGAGUCCAGCUCUACCUCAAGUUCCAGCUGUAGAACAGGGUCCAGCUCCACCUCAAGUUCCAGCUGUAGAACAGAGUCCAGCUCCACCUCAUUUAACAGGUGUAGAACAAAGUCCAGCUCUACCUCAAGUUCCAGCUGUAGAACAGAGUCCAGCUCCAUCUCAUGUUCCAGCUGUAGAACAGAGUCCAGCUCCAUCUCAUGUUCCAGAUGUGCAGGAUGUAUCCAUGGCUGCAGCACCUCAGAAGCGCUUAACUAUUUACAUGUUGGAGUCUGCAGAUUUUGAAAUGCAGAUCCAGAUGGCACAUGAUCACCUGUUGCCUCUGGUAGAGAAAAUCCACCCAGCUGAAGCGAAUAAAAUUUCAUGGAUGCUGAUUGGGAGUAAAAACAACUUUGAAAUCAUGAACAUGAUUUCUGAUCCUGAUCUUCUGCGAGCCAAAGUGGAUGAAAUGAACAUGAUCCUAAAAACAGGAGAAGCAGGAGUCAAGUCGGAAACAAAGAUGCUCUUUGGCACAAAGAAAAAGAGGAAGAACAAGAAGAAAAAAAUAUAUUUAUAAUAAUAAUAAUAAUAAUUUUUUAAAAUAUGAUAUUAAUAUUGCAUGUUAUUAUAUUUUUUAUGUUUAUAUACUUCUUUU